UUAAGGCAAAAGCUAAUGAGCGCCCCGGGGGCGUUAGACAAGAGAAUUAAAGUACAAAUAUUAAAGUAAAAUUAACAUUAAUUACACCGAACGACGCGUGAUUUUGUCAUGAAUUCCUAACUUAAUACCAUUUCAACCAAUAUAAUUUAUCCUUAUUUAACAUCCCGGGAUGCUCGUUAGCAAGAUCGUAAUAUUAAUAGAGUAUUAGUGCUUGUCAAAGAAAAUGACAACACAUUGACUAAUCACCCAAAUCCCAAAAUUACCUCCAAAUCAUACACACCCCAAAUCCCAAUAUUCCAUACCCUCCAAAAUCUCACUUCCUACAGCGCCAAAAGUACACCCCCCUAAAAAUCCAAAAAAAAAAAAAUGCGAACAUUUCCGUUACUUUUUUCUCUCCUUUUCAUCUUCUUCAUACAACACCAUCUUCAAGCUGUUGCAGAACUCUGUUCUACCUUCUCGUGCAACCAACACAGAAGAGACCCGAUCCUAUUCCCAUUUUGGGUACCCGAUAACCAAACCUCUCGGUGCGGGUACCCCGGGUUCGGACUCUCCUGCAACUCCGCGGGUCAAACCCUUUUGCCUUUUAAACCCGAUCAUCUUAUUGUACAGGGUAUAUCAUACCCGGAUCAACUCAUUUGGGUAUCCGACCCGAAUCAUUGUAUUCCUAAACGGGUUCUUGAGUUUUCCUAUUCGGAGCUUAUGCCGUUUGGUUAUGGGCCGUAUGAUUCGGCUUAUACCUUUUUGAACUGCUCCGGCCCGAAGGUUGACCCGGACCAGCUACCUGGGGGUGUUUCGGUAAUUUCGUGUAUGAGUGGCGGGAAUUAUACGGUUGUGGUUGCGUUUGAUGACGUGUCGGAGGCGAAGAUGAGGAGGAAGUGUGAGGUGGUUAAGAAGGUAAACGCUGCGUUUUGGUGGAGGGGGAUGGAAUACGGUGUGUUUCCGAUGGAUAUGAGUGACGUGUUUGUGCAGUUGAGUUGGGAUGUUCCGAGUUGCGUUAAUUGUAUGCUACGUGGUGGGUCUUGUGGCUUGGUUGGUGAUUCGGGUCUCGAAGUUGGUUGCUACCUUCCUGCUUCUUCGGGUUUACCAAAAAGCGCCAAAUAUGGCUUAAUGCUGGGAGCUGGAAUACCAGGCUUUCUAUGCAUUAUUGGGUUGACAUUCUACAUCAGCAGCAGGGUUAGUGCUCGUAAUCAGAAUCGACAUUACUCAAACACUGAAUCCUCGCCCUCAAUCUUUCCGCAACCAAUUAUCAUUACACUGGGCCUUGAUGCCCCUACCAUAGAAUCCUAUCCGAAAACCAUUCUAGGAGAAAGUAAACGACUCCCAAAGCCCAGUGACAAUACCUGCCCUAUAUGCUUGUCAGAGUACGAGCCCAAAGAGACCUUGAGGUCUAUACCAGACUGUAAUCACUACUUCCAUGCCGAAUGCAUAGAUGAAUGGUUGAGAAUGAAUGCCACCUGCCCUCUUUGCAGAAAUUCACCUCAAGCAUCAUCUGCGCUUGCUGGCAGCUAGCCAGCUAACUCCUGCUUGGUCCUUGAAAUCUCCUUGUCGCGUAGUUUGGAUCAUUAGCAUUGAUUCAUUGUUGCUUGUAUAUACAAUAGUUUUUUAUUUUAGGAAAAAAGAAAAAGGAAAUAGAAUUCUUGGGCAUCUUUGUACACAAAUUUUGGGGUUAUUAUACAGACACAAAUACCAUUCAUUGAAUUUUAUGAUCAAUGCUGUUAUUUAAAAGGCAGUCACAGUUUAUUGCUUACAUCAAUCUACAUGCAGUUUUUUUA